GGUCUCCCAGCUCCUGCGGCCACGUUCGCGACCUGGGCGGAGGCGCGGAGUUCGGAGCGAGAAAGCCCAGGGGGCGACAGCAUUGUACCCGACGCCGGAGUUUUUUGAUGUCCAGCUUCUUCUUCUUCUUCUUCUUUUUUUUUUUUUUUUUUUUUUUUUUUUUUUGGUGACCCUUGUAUGAUUUUUGAGAUGAAAGGCAAGGAAGACUAAUCCUUCAGCCAAAGUCUGACAGCUGCAGGAGCACAGUCUAUAGGAGCCCCAGGACUAGGCUGCAGGUCUUCUGAGCUGGGUCCUUCCCUGUGGCCGCUACCAUCUCUUUACCUCACUGUUCUCGUGGGAGCCAUGAAGCUGAACAAGAGGAGUGUGGCCCACUAUGCGCUGAGUGAUUCUCCAGCGGACCACACUGGCUUCCUGCGUAGUUGGGGAGGACCAGGUUCCCCACCCACUCCCAGUGGCACUGGCCGAAGAUACUGGUUUGUUCUUAAGGGCAAUCUGCUAUUCUCUUUUGAGAGUAGAGAAAGCCGGGUCCCACUGAGUCUCGUGGUAUUGGAAGGCUGCACGGUGGAGCUGGCAGAGGCUCCCGUACCGGAGGAAUUUGCCUUCGCCAUUCGCUUUGAUGCUCCUGGAGUGCGCCCACACCUGCUGGCAGCAGACGGGCAGGUUGCCCAAGAAGCAUGGGUGAAGGCACUGUCCCGGGCCAGCUUUGGCUACAUGCGACUUGUGGUGCGAGAAUUGGAGAGCCAGUUGCAGGAUGCCCGUCAGAGCCUGGCCUUGCAUCGUUGUGCAUCCCAGAGGGCUGUUGGCAGCUGCAGUAAAUCUCAGGCUCCUGACUACCGGGCUCCAGGCUCUGAGAAUGGCCACUUUCUCCCCAGGGACCGCAAUUCCACUGCUACUGUGGAAGAAAGAGGGAUCCGGCCAAUAGGUCGGGAUUUGACCGAGUGGGAGUUACAGGGCCCUGCUAGCCGCCUCCUAAGCAUGGGACAGAGCCCCGUGUCCCCCGAGACCUCCUGUUUCUCUACCCUGCAUGACUGGUAUGGGAAAGAGAUCAUGGAGCUGAGGCGAGGAUGGCAGCAAAGGGCCAAGGGGAGCCAGCCAGAGAGCAAGCCACAGAACAGGCUCUGAGCCAGGGCCCUUUAAGCUAUGGCCCCAUCCUGCUGGUCAGGAUGCCGGGGUCAGAACUUCAGGGGUUAAAUAUUUACUCAUUUACUAGGUUGCUGUGUGUGUGUGUGUGUGUGUGUGUGUGUGUGUGUCCCUCCUGCUCUGUAGACUUUCUCCAGCUUCCAGAUCCUCUCCUCACUGGAGUGAACUGAAGAAUCAUGACUUCCUACUUCUUUUCUGAGGCCAGGCUAGAAAGGCCAGGUGGCUGAUGGGAAGAUAAUAUAAUGCAGGACAUUAUAUUAUCUGUGCUCUGCUGUGCCUGCAGGACACUCUAGCCAUAAUCUCCAACACAAGGAGUCUUGGAUGUCUCAAUGCCAGAGGUGACGGGAACUAGCUUGAAGAUUGACAUCGAUGUGGCUUGGGCAGGGCUCUCUGUAGGAGAAGGUCUUCAGGAGCUAAAGAGGGAUCUCUUCUCUCCCCCCAGCCCCCUGCCCUGUCAAUGGAUAGUCCUGGAUAUCGCCCGCAGAAAAGCAGGCAGCCUUUUAUUGGGGAGAAAUUCUCCCUGAUCUGUUGUUAACGGUCACUUAUAGGGACUCUUGUUACCUAUCCCGCUUGUUCCUAAGGUUUAUCUGCGAGGGCAGCCCUCAUAGCUACUCUGGCCUGUACCAUACAAAGUAUCUUCUUCAUUUGUUCUAAGGCCAAAUGGCUGGGUCUACCGAGCCAGAAGCCAGGCCAUCUGUCCCCUGUGUAUCGAAGUAGUGACAGUGGCUGUGCCUCUUUCUGACCUCCCUCCUUUCCCUAUCUGGGGCCUUGGGACACCCUGACCAAAACCCAUUAAGGCCUACAGGCAGAACUGAGUUUCAUGGUCUCUCCGGCCAGGGCCAAUUCCUAUAAUGCUAGCCGUGUUUCUCAAGCCUGCUUGUAACAUUGUAGCCAACUGUACACAGGUUAGCACAGGCCUUUGCUAAUUUUCUUGUCACAGCAGUUAGUGUUUGCUCUUUAAAUAGUUUUGGUUUUUGGAGACCAGGUCUUUGUGACCCAUGCAGGUCUGGAUCUCCUCCUUAGCUUUGCAAGUGCUAAAAUAGGAGCACUCUGCCUCGCUCGGUUUUGGUGUUUGUUUUGCAGUAGGACCUGGCCGGAAGGCCUGCUAGCCUUCCCUCGUCCUCCCUUUAUAACCAGAACAGUAGAAUUCACAGGGUUGGUAACAAAGAGGUAGAGGAGGACCACGAGUUCAAAGGCAUCCUUGACUCCACCGUGAGUUUUUGGCUAGACUGGGCUACGGGUCUCAGAAAGUUAUUCAUUUUGGUUAUUAUAAUCAGUGUGUUUACAAAUGAAGAAUCAGGAGCCAGAGUUGCAAAGCCGGUGUCUAAGGCUGGAAACUGGGUCCAAGAACCUGGCUUGGUGGUGCAACCUCCUCCAUCAGGCCAAUCCCUCUAUUUGCUUCUUCCCUAGACCUGUAUGGGAAG